CAGAGAAGCACACUCUCUCCCUACUGCUCCAGAAUGGCUCCUACCUGCACCAGAGACUCUGACACCUCCAUGCUCUCCACCAAAGACAAACAUAAAUUAAGGAAACCAGCCGUGGAGAAAAUGCGCCGAGAUCGCAUCAAUAUCUGUAUAGAGCAGCUCAAGGCACUGCUGGAGAAGGAGUUCCACAAGCAGGACCCCAACGCCAAGCUGGAGAAGGCUGACAUCCUGGAGAUGACGGUGGUGUUCCUGAAGCAGCAGCUGCAGUUCAGGAGCAUGGCCCCUCUGAGGGCCCACGGUCAGGGUUACUCCCAGUGCUGGAGAGAGGCGCUGCACUUCCUGUCUGCCAGCUCCACCAAGGAUGCCACGCUCCAACACCUCCAGCACCUCCAUGGUGCCCAGAGAGUUUCCCUGGACAGCUGUCCCUCAUCUCCCCUCUCCUCCCAGCUCCACAGCCAGGGCCCAGUCAAGCAGGCCACCAGCACCCACAAACCAGUGUGGAGGCCCUGGUAGAGCCCCUGUACAGACUCUGUACCUGGAGGACUGUCCACCAUCCUGAGUAGGAAACGUGUUUCCAAAUGUUUUACUGGAUGUUCUACGUUUCUUGAUAGAAAUGAACUCCACUGAUGUUACUCUCUCAGAGAAAAAGCUGAAAACAGUUUUACAGUACUUCGUUAUGAAGUAGAUGUUUUCUAUAUACUUUGAUGAGUGAUGAAUGCAGUGUGUGCUUUUAUGAAGCACUAUUGUGUUGUUUUACCCUUUCAUUUUCUGAGAAAAUGUUGUGUAAAGAUGUUAUCUUUAUUUACUGAUGGUUGCUUUGCCAACUGAAACUUUUCUUUAACUUCUGUUUUUUAUGUUCCUAUUGAGGAAUAUUGAUUCUAAGAUAUGAAUGUCCUUUUUGUAAAGGCUUUGUGAAUCCUUUUGUAAAGGAUAUUGAUAUCAUUACAUGAAAGAUGUUAUCUAAUCUGAUGGUUGCUUGGCCAACUGAAACCUGAAAACCUUCCUAUUGAAGGAGUCCAAGAUUUUGUAUAUGCCUUUUGUAAAGGCUUUUUGGAUAGAUUUGUAAAGGCUUUGUUAUCCUUUUGUAAAAUAUGUUUUUUUUCCCAGUCUUUUGUAAAGACUAUAUACUUUGUUUUAGGAUAUUGCUUUUGAGAAGUGAAUAUGCCUUUUAGAAAGUCUAGAUGGAACAAUAGUCUUCUUAUGUGAAGACUAUAUACUUUGUUUUAGGAUAUUGUUUUUAGAAGUGAAUAUGCCUUUUAGAAAGUCUAUAUGUAACAAUGGUCUUCUUUUGUGAAAACUAUAUAUUUUGUUUUAGGAUAUUCUUUUUGAGAAGUUGAUAUGCCUUUUAGAAAGUCUAGAUGGAAUAAUAUGUCCCAACCUGUCUCAUUUUUCUAUUACAAUUCACUGUUGACACUGUGUGUCUUUGAAAAUUAUCAACUUUGACAUGAGUGACAGCAGCUUCAUAGAGGACUGCUUAAUUUCUU